UUCUCCUGUGCUCAGUUACAUGAUUACCACUGUAUGUGGAAUAGCGGCGCACGCUGAUUUCUGAGAGGCUGCUCAGGCGAAAGGCUGCUUGGUUACCCGCAGUCAGCACAGCGUGGGCGGCCGAGACGUUCUGGAAACGCUGCAGUUUUAUUGUUUAUUCUCUCCCAAGAAUCCAGAUUGUCGUUUUCUAUAGAAGUUUGCCAACCAUGUCAGAUAACCAGGAUACCGAGACGUUAUCGGGAGAGUGCGGUGAGACACAGGAAUCUCAGGACCCUAAUUCAAAUCCUGUGAGAACAGAGGAGGCCAAAUUGAAAGCGAAGUAUCCUAAUUUGGGCCAGAAGCCAGGAGGAUCAGAUUUUUUGAUGAAAAGACUUCAGAAAGGACAAAAGUACUUUGAUUCAGGUGAUUACAACAUGGCCAAGGCAAAGAUGAAGAAUAAGCAACUACCAGCAGCAACUGGUCCAGAAAAGAGCAUCGUCACCGGUGAUCACAUUCCAACUCCGCAGGACUUGCCGCAAAGAAAGUCUUCCUUAGUCACAAGCAAACUGGUUGGCUAAUCACUACCUCAGAUCCUGAGCGACCCCUUCCCAAAUUUUCUGUCCUUAACUUCAGAGCUCCAUUGGGGUUGUGCACUAUUUGCUUCAUAUUUUGGGUUAUAAAGCUUAUUUUCUUUCAUUUUUUUCUCUGUCCCCUCUCAAAAGCUCUAGCCUGAUCCUCCACACUGUCUCGCACACAUCUAGCUCGGGAGAAAUCACUUCAGUGAAGGGACAGUUAAGGUGACAGGCCAUUUUAAUGCACUUUAUGAUCUAUACAUUUUCUACAGGAAGGAGAUCAAGCUCUUUGGUUCAAAUUGUGGAGGUCACAGAAAGUUUGAUCCCCCAUCAGAUAUUACUCAUAUUUACUGGUUCAUAGAAAUUAUGCUCUCUGUUCUUUGGCAUUAGCAGCAAAAGAUUGUUUUUUAAAGCAUAUAGAAAUACUAAUUAGCUAUUUUGGUGGCAAAAGCAUGUUAGCCGCGUCUGUAAUUUCUCAUUUUCAAAUUUCUCGGUCGGAUGACAUGUUUGCUUUUCGAAUUGAAAUGAAUAAACUUGGUACUUGCCAAUAGGCUCGAGUUAGAAUGUGAACAGACCAAAAUGUUGAACUCGUGUCACGAUAAUCAAAAGUGCUUCAACUAAGGACCUGAGCCAGCACACAACAUUAUGUUCAGGACACACUUGACAUGGUUUACUAAAGCCAUGUAGCCUUGUACUGAGCAAUUAUGUGGAAUAGCUCAGGCUCAUAAGUGUAAAGGUAAUAAAUGUAAAAUUAAUACACAUCCAAGAGUUACCAAGGUACAAUCAGUCUGUGAUUGUGAACCGUGAGGCAGGGACACCAAGAGGAUAUACAAGCAGAUAGAAAAGCACAUUAUGAAUGAUAAUAUACAUUUUAAUCAUUUGGUUAAAUGUGUGUGUUCAGGUAAGAACUAGUCAAAAAUCCUCGUUCAUCAUUGUCCUGGUUUUGACACGUAUGCCUUCCUAAUACAGGAAUGCCAGGAUUAAGGUUAGGAUUUAAUCUAUAUGAUAAUUCUGUUUAGGAUUUGAUGAUGUGAAUCUUAGUUUAUAAUGAUGUCUGUAAUAGUUACACCUAAUUCAGAGAACUGCUAACUCCAGAAGUUCAAAUUCCAUCUAAAACUCUUUCACAUGUACACACCAUGGACAGACUUGGUGUAAGUCUAUCAGUAACCAGGAGGAUAAUCAGAUUUUAUUGCAAACUAUUCAGGGAUUUUGGCUGCAUAAUCAUAUUCAUAGCCUGCAUAUUGAUUUAUUAUUAUUUUUUUUUAAUCAAAGCGUCAUGUAUCUGGCAUCGAUACGAGUGGCUGUGGCCAUGUCAGAUGUAAGAAUGAAUAGAAUAUGGAUAACUGAGAAAAUCUGCAAGUGAACUCGAAAACAAGUAUGCAUUUUGAGCAUGAUUAUGUUUGAAUGUUGUUUGGGUGUUUCGUUGUGAAUAAUGUAUUAUGUACAGUGUUGUACCAUAACCUCUUUUAGCUGAUCUAAAAAUUGUAAAUAGAAAGCACAUUUAUUUUAAUAAUUGUAUUGGUUUUCAUAACCACAUAUCUUCUCUCCUAUCUGUUUGCUAAACAUUUUCCUUUGCAACAUGUUUUUCUCAUUAAUACAAAUUAUUUGUGAGAACCCCAUAAAUAUAUAUAUAUGAUUUUUCUUCAUUACUAAACAAUGUUGUUAAUUAGAAAACACACUGGGUUACUUUUGAGGCAUAUGCAGUUGUAUAAAAGUGUAAUGAGGAAACCUUCUCAAGUUGUGUAUAUUUGUAUAAUAAUGACACAAUUAUGACACUUUCAUAUUUUGUCAGAUAUUUUGCCAGAGUUAUAUGAGAAAGACUCUUUAGUAAAUUUCUGCUAAGAAGCUCUGUGGGCAGGUUAAUGAAAUUCAUGCAAAUAUUUCAUUUUGCAUUAAAAGGUCAACUCACCACAGCUUUAAUAUGAACUGCCCCAUAUACUGCUUGAAAAUUUUGGAGUUCCAAAAACUAAUGUUUACUGUGUGUAUCUGUGUACUCAGUGCUUUACAUGCACAGACAGACAUGCAUGCACCUUACCUUUAUGUAUUCAUGAUUUAAGGAGACUACUGGCUUUGAGAAAUUCAACUGAUUUUGAACAUUGGCUUUGAAUGUAACGAUGUCAAGAUCUGAAUGAUGGAAUAAGAUGACAAUUGUCUGGAAAUAAAGUUUUACAUUGA